AUGGGUUUUGCACAGAAGAUCGCUGCAAGUCAGAAGAAUCAAAUGCCGGGCACAUACGGCGGCGCACCUCCUUCGGGGUACACGGGAGGACCUCCUUCAGCACUGCAGCCUGGAAAUGCAAGUAUCGAGGAUCCGACUCAAUACCAGGCAUAUCCAGGCUCCCCUCCCCCUCAAGGCUCGUGCCUGGAUCCUACUCGAGAGCUCCUCCACAGCCCACCUCACCCUACCCCGCACAAUCUCAAGGGUACGGGCGCCCACCUCCACCUCCACCGCAAGGCCAGCCCUAUGCCUCCUCCGGUUCGCCUCAUCCGGGACAGCCCUAUGGACACCCGGGACAAACUGGAUCGCCCUACCCGGGACAACAAGCACCCGCGCAACCCCAGUAUCCUGGACAACCCCAGUAUCCCGGACAGCAACAAUACCCUGGACAACAACAAUACCCUGGACAACAACAAUACCCUGGACAACAACAAUACCCUGGACAACAACAAUACUCUGGACAACAGCCCGCUUAUGUACAGUGGAACCCCAGUACCCUAUGACCACAUGUUUUGUUUCGUGCUUGAUGUGGCUUGCAAUCAUCAUUUAAAUGCUGCACUUGGACAGGCACCACCCUAUCCGUCACAGGGAGCUCCGUCGGGACCUCCUCAGGGAGCCCCGUACCCCGGAGGUCAAGGACGCCCUGGUCCAUCACCUGGACCACCCAGCGGACCACCUCCCGGCCAGUAUGGUCCUCCCGGAGGUGGCCCUGGCGGCCCUUCAUCCUCAGCUCCACCGGCCACGCAACAGCAGAUCGCAGCAUACAAACAGCUCUUAAUUAGCUGCAUCCAAGAGAAGAAUCUCCAACCUUUCUACCCACCGGAACGCCUGGACCGACUUGUUCAGUCACUUGCCGCUCAGGCACCCGGCAAGCUCGCCCGGUUGAUCCACGAAUGGGCCGUCCCUAUGGAGGUUGCUACCGAUGUCAUGAAGCUAGCGCUCUUUGAUGUUAUCCUCUACGUGGAUGACAGUGGUUCCAUUGAAUUCGAAGAGAAGGGACUCCGAAAGGACCAGCUGAGACAGAUCCUCGGUAUCGUUGCUACUGCAGCCUCGACUUUUGAUGAGGAUGGUAUCUCCGUUCGCUUCAUGAACUCCCCAGAGCAGGGAGAUGGAAUCCGUGAUGCGGAGGAUGUUAACCGCCUCGUGUCUCGCGUACGCUUCUCCGGACUCACUCCCCUGGGAACCAGCUUGAAGAGUAAAGUCAUUGAUCCCAUGGUUGUGGGACCAGCCCGUGCCAACCGUCUUGAAAAGCCUGUACUUGUCAUCACUAUCACUGACGGACAACCUGCCGGCGAGCCUCACGGUACUGUGGGCGAUGUCAUUCGUCACGCUGUCGAUGAAACUUCGCGCACCCGUUACGGUCAAGGCGCCGUGUCUUUCCAGUUUUCGCAGGUGGGCACAGAUACACGGGCUCGUGACUUCUUGUCUUCCCUCGAUGAGGACCCCCACAUUGGCCACUUGAUCGACUGCACAUCCAACUUCGAGGUCGAGCAGGAUGAGAUGUCCCGUGCUAACCCACCAGUCCACUUGACCCGUGAACUCUGGUGUGCCAAGCUAAUGCUCGGUGCCAUCGAUUCCUCCUAUGACACCAAGGACGAGCAAGACAACGAACGUCGUGGGCCCCCACCUGCACCGGCAGGUCAAUACGGAGGAUACAACCAGCCUCCUCAAGGUCAAGGUCCACCCACUUCGUUCAACCCACCACCAGGUGCGCCUCCAGGUUACAACCCCCAAGCUGGACCCGGAUACCCACAGGCACCCCAGCAGGCCCCCCAACAGCCCCAGUACCAGGCGUCCCGCAGUGCGUAUGGGCAGCAACAGCAAUAUGGUUAUCCACCCCAACAGGGAUCUGGAUAUCCGCCAUACGGCCAACCGCCACGCUAUUAG